AUGCCGUUUGAUAUGAACACAUCGCAGGUGACGAAGGGAAUACCGAACGGCGCGCUCACGGUGCUCAUCAUCGCUGCCGUCGUCAUUAUGUCCGUUGUUAUUACGUUAUUCUGUAUGCUUGUAAACAGUAGACGAACACGUAGAUCGCAACAACGCGUCCAGCGACUUACACUUACUGGUGCUCGCAGUUCGUUAUCAACGAUGUCAGCUGCGUUUCCGACGAUUCCGGUCCUACAACGAAUAGCAGACCAUUCGAUCUACAUUGCACCAUCACAGUUUGACCCGAAAUUCGAUGCUCCGCCGACGUAUGAAGAAGCGGUACGCUCAUCAGCACUCAACAGCCCUGUCUCAACGACGGUGAUAGUGACUCCUACUUCAAAAUCUUCUCCGUUGUCUUCCUGCAUCCUAAGUGCGCCAAGUGGAGUGCUUGGUUUUAACUUAGAUUUACCGACUAUGUGUUCUUUCAUGCGGACGCAGAGUCGUCUACGCGUUUCGCCAACGUAUUCGUCCCCGCACGUUUUACAAGAGAUCAGAUAG